AUGGCAGCUCGAGUCUUUGUCUCGUUCACCAUGCUUGUCCGCUCGCUUUUCAAGUUCGCAUUCGUAGCCGUUCUUGCCGGCUCUGCCCUCGUUCAAGCAAACCCAAUCGCAAGGCAGGAGCCCAACACCUGCACGACUCUCAACCAACGGAAAUCAUGGGCUGCUCUCACUGAUAGCGAGAAAGCUGCGUACAUCGAUGCUGAGCUGUCAGAGAUAACUGCCCGCCUGGGAGCCUUCCUCCCCUGGCACCGCCUCUUUGUGCGAGCCCACGAAAUUCUCCCCCAGCAGGAGUGUGGCUAUACCGGCGCGCAAGCCUACUGGGACGAGCUCUCCGACAUCGAGCAGAUCAACAAUGGUACCCUUACCUUCGACCAACUUGUCGUUUUCGAUAGCGACACUGGGUUUGGAGGCAACGGCGCAGGUGGAGAUGGUUGCAAAACCGAUGGCCCAUUCUCUAAUCUGACUUUGCACCUGAACUCUUCGGCUCUCCCAGAUCCGAGUGGCGGAUACUGUCUCAGCCGCAGCUUCAAUCUCACCCAGUUCGAGGGGGGCAAUAGCUCGCAUCUCGACACAUACUUCGGACACAACACUUUUGAGGACGCUAGGCAGUGCUAUGAGGCAGAUCCGCAUGCAGCAGGACACGGAGGCGUUGGCGGUGUGAUGAUCAACAUCGCGACCAGUCCAGGCGACCCGAUACUUUUCCUCCACCAUACCUAUCUCGAUCGCGUCUGGUGGCAGUGGCAGCAGGCCAAUCUGUCCAGCCGUCUGACCGAUAUCAGUGGUGGUAACGUGCCUACGGCUGAGGCGUUGGCGCGCGGGAAUUUGAGCUACCCGACUCCUGCAAUCCUGGACUACGACGGCGAUCCAGGGAACGUAACGACUCUCAACCACACGCUCUGGAUGGUGGAUCUAAUCGCCGACGCCACGGCCGGUGAUGUGAUGGACCUCGGCGGCCCAAUUAGCUGUGCUGAGUACGUGUGA